AUGAAGAGAACAAGAAAACGUUCUUGGAAGAAAACUGAGGACAGUCAGGAAACUUCUGACGAAUUAAAACAAAAGUAUAGAAAGCUCAAUAACAGCUCUAAACAGCAGAUAUCUCUUGGACAUUCCAGCAGAAAGAGAAGCAGGAGCUGCAAUGAGCAGGAUAUUGAGAGAGGGAGAGAACCCAAGAGACGGUUCAUUGCUGAGGAACGUAGCAGAGAUCAGGGCCUAAAACGAUACAGGACCUCCAGUCAUGAUCAGGAGGAGCAGGUCAUACAGAAAAGAGCAAAGGUCUCCUCAUUUGCCAAACUGGGUCAGAAAAGUGAGAGAAAGUCUGCUGGAAAGAAUGGUCAGACAUCUCCACCCAGAAAGCAAGCCCUGAAACGAAGCAGGGAAUACGAUCGAGGCGAGCAGCUCAUGCGGAAAAGACCAAAGCUCUCCUCAUCUGCCAAACUGGGUCAGAAAAGUGAGCGAAAGAAAGAGGAAGCAAACGAGCCAACGAGUGACAGUGAAUGUGGUACAGGAGAAAGUAGACAGUCUGUGGUAGAACCAAAGAAGCCACUACCUCUGACAAUCUCCGGUUAUCAAAUCCACAAAGUGCUGGGAGAAGGGGGCUUUGGAAAGGUGAUGCUUGCUUCCACCAAGGAAUGUCCCACCAAGUAUAUCGCUAUUAAACAAAUAGACAAAGAUAGAGUUGAGGAAAAGGAGAUUCAGAAAGAGAAGCGGAUACUGCAAAUGGCGAGCGGCAGUCCCUUCCUAUGUCAGGGACUUGCUGCCUUCCAGUCCCAGGAGCACGCCUAUCUAGUCAUGGAGUACGUACCAGGGGGUACUCUCAAAUCCUACAUGACUGGGAGGGAAAGUCUGCCCCUAGCUCAAGCAAGGUUCUUUUCAGCAAGCCUUGUUUGUGGGAUCCAAUUUCUCCAUUCCUGCGGGAUACUUCAUGGGGAUCUGAAGCCAGGCAAUAUUCUCCUGGAUGCCAAGGGCUGUGUCAAAAUAGCCGAUUUUGGCCUCUCAAAAGAGAAUAUUUUUACACAUACCACAACCAAAGGACUAGCUGGAACACCGCAUUACAUGGCACCAGAGAUACUAAGCUACAAAAGGUACGGUCAACCAGCAGACUGGUGGUCAUUUGGCAUCAUUCUCUGCCGCAUGAUCACUGGGCAGUAUCCCUUUAAUAAGAAGCUUGGCAGGGUGGAGUAUAUAAAGAAAGUAUUAAGCUCUAACCCGUGCUACCCAGCCUGGCUGUGGAGUGAUCCUAAAGAUCUCUUGAACAAGCUCCUGGAAAAGGACACUUAUACACGCGGUGUGAUGGGGAGGCAUAUUCGGGUGCACCCCUUCUACAGAGACAUUAAUUGGGAAGACCUAGAGAAGGGGGAAGUGAGCUGUCCAUUCUUGGCAUUUCUAACACGGGAUCUAGAUACAGAAACCUCGGAAAGUAGUUUUUCUUUUUGA